UGAGUGAGGGCCAGGCAGCGAUAGAAUGUAACCAUCCAUCAGUGGGAAGGCUACAUGGUGAAACGACACAGUGUGGUGAGUUGCUGAUGAUGAGGGUGGGCAUGGCCUGUCCUCUGGAGUCCAGUUCUCAAUCAAGCCUGGCAGUAUAUGAGGGACUUGUGUUGCGGCAGCAUGAGAGAUUGUAUUUCCAGGAGAGAGAGGGGGCUGUUCCGGAGUUUGUGUUCAUUGCCGUUGUCUUGUCUGCUUGCUUGCCCUUCUUGCUGUUUUCAUCCACUUACCUUUAUCCAAGGAGAAGGAAUAGGGUUAAUCCAUCUGGAGUUAAGCGAAGUUGGCAGCAGGUCAAAGUGAAAUAUAAGAACAUGGUGCAAACAGCCAAAAAAGCGGAGAGGCGAAAGUCCAGGGAAGGCCCAUUGCAGCCUUGCUUUUCUGCUGCAGAUGAACUGAUGGAUGAGACCCAAAAAUUCUGUUCCACCAUAGACAGUAUCACAGGAGAAACCUCCUCCACAGAGCUCGAUUCAACACUCUCCCACUCAAACUUUGUGAGAGUGCUAGCAAAUCAUAUGACAUCAGAGGAGGCGGCUGCAGAAUCGGGGUCCGAAGUGUCUUUAAAUAAUGUACCGGUUAUAUACAUUGACAAUGCUGAAGAAAUGACGUCAGGAUCCUCUAUACAUGAGGAUCCAAGCAUAAAUGAGACCAUACCCGAGGCAGUACCAUCCACUUCCCAAACACGGGACAGACAGGAGGACAAAUCAAGAAAGCCCUCAAGUGUUAAUGUAAAGGAAUUGUAUAUGAAAUACUUGCAACAGGAGAUAGAUUACAGGAAAUUAAAGAUGCAAAAGAUGUCCUUGGAGAUGAAAUUACUUGAGAAACAACUAAAUUCAUGAACCAUAAGGAAUGGAAGUGAAUCAUGCUUUUAUACAGAUAUUCUAAUCUUUCAGUUUCACCUUUUGAAUAAAUGU